CACGUGGUGCGCGUGUCGAAGGUCACAGCGCGCUCACAAUGGAGCUUUCGGAGUAUGUGCAGAAAGGCUUCCAGAUGCUGGCCGAUCCCAGCUCUUUUGACUCCAACGCCUUCACGCUUCUCCUCCGGGCGGCUUUCCAGAGCCUACUGGACGCCCAGGCGGACGAGGCCGUGUUAGAUCACCCAGACUUGAAACAUAUCGACCCAGUGGUUUUAAAACAUUGUCAUGCAGCAGUUGCAACUUACAUACUGGAAGCAGGAAAGCAAAGAGCUGACAAAUCUACCCUAAGCACUUAUCUAGAAGACAGUAAAUUUGAUAGAGAGCGAACAGAACUGUUUUGCACGGAAUAUCAGAAUAAUAAGGAUUCCCUAGAAAUCCUACUGGGAAGUAUAGGCAGAUCUCUCCCUCAUAUAACUGAUGUUUCUUGGCGUUUGGAGUAUCAGAUAAAGACCAAUCAACUUCAUAAGAUACACAGACCUGCAUAUUUGGUGACCUUAAAAGUAGAGAACACUGAUUCCCUAUCCCACCCAGAGAUUAGUUUUAGUUGCAACAUGGAACAAUUGCAGGACUUAGUGGGAAAACUUAAAGAUGCUUCGAAAAGCCUGGAAAGAGCGACUCAAUUGUAACUUGGGGAAGGUAGCGAUCCGCCCGGGUCUGGAAGACCAAGAAUUCCUUGCCGUCCGCAGAAGCAUCAGAACCAUCUCUUGUGCGAGCUGGAUAUACUCAUUUUUAAAAGGAAAAAAACCCCACUUUUUUGGGUUUAUGCCAUUCAUAAACUUUGACGCUUUUUUACACUUGUGAAAGUGUUAAGGGGGAAAUUCUGCCUAAGUAUUUGCAUCUUUAUUGUUGUACAUUGGUCCAUUUUGAUCAUUUUUUCAAGCCUUAAAAAAAUGAAGUAGACAGUAUUUGCAUUCUGAAUAAAUAAGUUCC